UUACAUAUUGUGGUCGAAUCGAGGUGGUCUUUGUUUUCCUGGGAAAAAAAGCGAGCAGGAGUGGACUGAUGCUGCGUCGCUGGUAAACACAAGAAAUGGGUGUCAUCGAGCCAGUCGCGGUUCGUUCUUGGACCAGAUUUCCGUUUUUCUUAUGAUAAAUCAUCUGCCCAGUCCAGGUGUUACAACAUCUACAAGUUACUACACUGAGCAGGCUUCAGUCAAGCAAACAAAUGGUCCAAUCAAUAGCCUUUGGACAGAGUCUGCCAUAGGGAGGAUAUCAAUAACACGCUAAUACACCUGACAUACACACACAGGCCAUGGCGCUGGAGAACUCAGUCUUUCCCUCCCGCCCAGACUCUCUCUCGCUCCCUGUGGAGGAGAAGGGGGAAGGGGAAGAAGUGGAGGUGGCCACCGAGGCCACAGCCUCAACCGGAGUCUUUAACGUAUCCGAGGAGCUGGGCCAUGUCGUCACCACAGAGACGGCGCCGUCGCAACCGCCCUUUGCCAAGGUCAACAGGUCGUUCCAGGCCAAGCUGGCUGAGCGGGAAGCUACAAUCAAUCAGUCCAGGAAGAAGACCCAGGGGACGGAGAAGGAGAGGGGACGGUUUGGGUGGGCCCGGACUCGGCGCAAGAGACAACGCUAUGUGGAGAAAAACGGUCGCUGCAAUGUGCAGCACGGUAACAUGCGGGAGACUUACCGCUACCUGACUGACAUCUUCACCACGCUGGUGGACCUCAACUGGCGCUGCUCGCUCUUUGUCUUCGUCAUGGCCUACGCCGUCACGUGGCUCUUCUUUGGGGCCAUCUGGUACCUCAUAGCCUACUGUAGGGGUGAUCUGGACCAUCUGGAGGAUGUGACGUGGACACCGUGUGUCAACAAUGUCAACGGCUUCAUCUCGGCCUUCCUCUUCUCCAUCGAGACAGAGACCACCAUUGGCUACGGCCACCGCGUCAUCACUGACCAGUGUCCAGUGGGCACCAUGCUGCUGCUGCUGCAAGCUAUACUGGGCUCAAUGGUCAACGCCUUUAUGGUCGGCUGUAUGUUUGUGAAGAUCUCGCAGCCCAACAAACGGGCAGAGACACUGGUGUUCUCCAAACACGCCGUCAUCUCCCUGAGAGACGACAAGCUCUGUCUGAUGUUCAGGGUGGGCGACCUUCGGAGCUCCCACAUCGUAGGGGCCAACAUGAGGGCCAAGCUCAUCAAGUCCAAACAGACUCAGGAGGGUGAGUUCAUCCCCCUGGACCAGACAGACAUCAGCGUGGGCUUUGAGACAGGCGAUGAUCGUCUCUUCCUGGUCUCUCCGCUGGUGAUCUCCCAUGAGAUCGACUCACAUUCACCCUUCUGGGACAUGUCGCAAGCCCAGCUGGAGAAGGAGGACUUUGAGAUCGUGGUCAUCCUAGAGGGAAUGGUGGAGGCAACAGGGAUGACGUGCCAGGCGAGGAGCUCCUAUCUAGCGGAGGAGGUGAUGUGGGGUCACAGGUUUAGCCCAAUGAUGUCGCUGGCAGAGGGCUUCUUUGACGUCGACUACGGAGCCUUUCAUCACACGUUUGAGGUGGACACGCCCUCCUGCUCAGCACGAGAGCUCUCAUUGGCUGCAGCCAGACUCGACGCUCACCUCUAUUGGUCCAUCUCCAGCAGGCUGGAUGAAGAGCCCACCCUGACCAACCAGGCGGCCAAGCAGCCGGACAGCAGCUCAGCCAACAGCAAAGGAGGGGAGCCGACCUUUAUCGUCGGAGAGAUGACGGACAUCCAGGAGCAAACAGGACUGGGCGAGCUGAACGGCAGCGUCGCCACCGACCAAUCUGAAUCAGAGGCCUAGAACAGAGAAUGUUUACAAAGAACUUCAGUAUAUCACCACCUCACCACAGUUAGUGUUUGCAGAUCUUUUCUUUCAAGGCAAAUGAGAAGUGUCAUUCUGGCCAGUUCUACAGUAUAUGCCAUAUCUUAUGUUACCAUAUGGAAGAGUUUAUUUCUCAGUAUUUGUUGUCUUUUAUUUCUAUGUUGAUCUUUGUUAUAAUUGUACUGUAUGCGUGCUAUUUUUUUUUUAAUAUGUUGUGUUAGCUCCAAUCACCCUUGCCUUUAUCUACAUUUAAAUGACAAUACUAUGCUUUAGGUGGGGUCAACAAUAAUAUAUCCUGUGGACCAAAGCAGAAUGUUGCGAAAAGACGACAAGGUGGUUGUUUGUGCAGAAUCACGUGUGUGGAUUGUUCACAUUUAAAAUAGGUACAGUGCAUAGAUGCUUUAUUUUCACCUGCGCAUGAAUAUCACUAGAUGAUAUUAAAGUAUAGACUGAAAUCGUAAUAACCUCAAAUUUCUUUAGAAGAUGCAAAGAUUGUUCCAAGGUUUGUUGUACAUCAAUCAGGUGUUAACACUGUGGGAAAGUAACAGCAGCCCACAGCCGCUAGUAUUU